AUGGCCUUUAAUAUAGCAAUGCUGUGUGACUUUUUCUAUCCGCAAUUAGGUGGAGUGGAAUUUCAUAUAUAUCAUUUGUCGCAAAAGCUAAUAGAUUUAGGUCAUUCCGUGAUCAUUAUUACACAUGCUUAUAAAGAUCGAGUAGGCGUACGGCAUCUUUCAAACGGGCUGAAGGUCUAUCACGUACCAUUUUUCGUAAUUUUUAGAGAGACUACUUUCCCAACAGUUUUUUCAACUUUCCCAAUAAUAAGAAAUAUCCUUCUUAGAGAGGAGAUCCAGAUUGUUCAUUCUCAUGGUAGCGCUUCCACAUUUGCCCAUGAGGGGAUCCUGCAUGCCAAUACGAUGGGAUUAAGAACUGUCUUCACAGACCAUUCACUUUAUGGUUUCAAUAAUCUAACCUCGAUUUGGGUGAACAAGUUAUUAACUUUUUCUUUAACAAAUAUAGAUAGGGUUAUCUGUGUUUCCAAUACAUGCAAAGAAAAUAUGAUUGUUAGAACAGAAUUGAAACCAGAUAUUAUUUCCGUGAUUCCGAACGCAGUGGUCAGUGAAGAUUUUAAGCCAAGAGACCCUGAUAAUAACAGCGAGAGAAAGCAGGGUAAAGAUAAGAUAGUGAUUGUAGUUAUUGGAAGACUCUUUCCGAAUAAAGGGUCUGAUUUGCUUACUCGUAUCAUUCCAAAAGUUUGCUCCACACAUGAAGAAGUAGAAUUUAUAGUUGCUGGUGAUGGUCCCAAAUUCAUUGAUUUUCAACAAAUGAUUGAAACUUAUAGACUGCAAAAACGUGUUCAACUUUUGGGAUCCGUUGCUCAUGAAAAGGUAAGAGAUGUUUUGUGUCAAGGCGAUAUAUAUUUGCAUGCUAGUUUGACAGAAGCAUUUGGUACAAUUCUAGUAGAGGCUGCAUCCUGCAAUUUACUGAUUGUAACAACCCAGGUUGGGGGUAUUCCAGAGGUGCUACCCAAUGACAUGACGGUUUAUGCCGAAGAGACAUCUGUUUCAGAUCUCGUCCAGGCAACAAAUAAAGCUAUCGACAUUAUAAGAAGCAAAACUUUGGACACAUCUUCUUUUCACGAUAGAGUGUCCAAAAUGUACGACUGGAUGGAUGUAGCCCAAAGGACAGUUAGUAUAUACACCGAUAUUUCUUCUACUUCUUCCACAGAUGAUAAAGAUUGGAUGAAGAUGGUGGCAAAUCUUUACAAAAGAAAGGGCAUUUGGGCUAAACAUUUAUAUCUGUUAUGUGGUAUUGUAGAGUACAUGCUUUUUUUUAUUCUAGAGUGGUUAUACCCAAGAAAUGAAAUUGAUAUAGCUCCCAAAUGGCCGAAGAAAACAAAAUCUAACGAGGGAGUGGAAGUGGAAGCGAAAGCAAAGAAAAUUUAG